GAGGCGCAGGCGCAGUGGGGGCCGCGCAGCGCCGUGCCGCCAUCCCGUCAGUGUCGGCGGGCAGCGGGGCCGAGCAUGUCGGAAAAAAAGCAGCCGGUGGACCUGGGGCUCCUGGAGGAAGACGACGAGUUCGAGGAGUUUCCGGCUGAAGAUUGGACUGGUUUAGACGAAGAUGAAGAUGCACAUGUUUGGGAAGACAACUGGGAUGACGACAACGUAGAAGAUGAUUUCUCCAAUCAGUUAAGAGCUGAAUUAGAAAAACACGGAUACAAGAUGGAAACUUCAUAGCUUUUGCUGAUAUGGAGUGGUGUAACACUGAACUUUGGACAGACUAUACUGAGAAACGGUGGAAAAUGAGAAGACGCUUAGUUCAUUAUCUGCUUGAAUUUAUUAUUGUUUUGUAUGGAAAAUAAAGUUUUUAAUCUUAGCCUGA